AUGCGAGAAAAACAACAUUCACAGAUAAUAACGAGCACCCCCUUUAAAGAUGAUUUGGAAAAGAAAGAACAAAAAAAGAAUGAAAAAGCAAGAAAUGCUGCAAAGAAAAAUAUUGCCAAAAAAAGUAGGAAAACAAACAAGAAGCUCAAAAGAAAAAGAACAAAGCUACCGGACAGUGAUAGUGAGACGAGCAGUUUUGAUGAAAAAGAAAUUGGCGACGAUGACGAUCUAGAUAAUAUGAGCGAUGUUUCGGAGCACGAAAAAUGUGUCAUUUGUGGAGAUAUCGGAAAGAACAGAGAAAUGUGGUUUAGAUGCACGAUUUGCGGUUACUGGGCACACAUGGCGUGCACUGACUGCGAUUCAGCCGAAGGCUUUGUUUGCGAUAGCUGCAGAUCCUGA